AUGGAUCAUAAUCAACCCAAGAACAUCCCACACAAUGAAUCACUAGGCCAGAAGCUUCUACUGCAUCAUGGAAGUGACGCACCCCUUAGAAUUGGUCAUUCAAGUCAUGGGAAUAUGGGACUUAGAUCAAAUGAUCUUCCAUCUUCAAGUCGCACUGUGCAAACUCUAGGUUAUAGAGUUGGGAACCCAGGAACCUCACAUGCUCCCUUUGUUCAUUGUCAUGCUGGAAGUUCCAGUAGCCAUUUACCAGAACCUGCUGUGAAUUAUCCACAUAGGUCUGAGGAAGGCUUUGCUCCAGUGGGUUCCCAUAUGGACAACAGAAGGGCUGCAAUAAAGCGAAAAGAUCCCAGUGUACACCCUGCGGGGAUCAGUGCUACUGGUUAUUAUGUUGGAAGUUCUUCCAAUACUCAGCCAUCUAACUCUGUGCAGCCAAAUCCUGCUCCACUUGCUGAGCCCUUUCUUCGUCAAAUACCUUUAAGCAUUUACCAAAGUGGUUGGGAUGGCCAACACUUAAACUUAAUUCAUCAAGAAGGAUUUCAGAGGAAUGUGAGAGCGCGUCACAGUCAUAAUAUUUCAUUAGAACCCAGAUCAGCUUCAACCUACCCACUAUACAGUGUUCAUGUGCCGUCAUUUGGUUCAACUGCAAGUGCUUCCUCAAGUACAUCAGUGGAAAGGAACCAAGCACCUGUUUCUGUGCCAACAAGAACUGUACCAUCAGGUCCACCAGGUAUCACUAGCAGGGCCCUGACAGGGAGGGCUUACUAUCCUGUGGUUGGAAGCAGCAGUUCAAGUGUUGGUGCUGUCCCAACUAUCCAUGGAUCAUCUGGCGCUGCAAUAUUUGCUAAUGGUGGCUAUGCUCCUAGUAGUGUUCAUGCUGGAACUGCUCCUAUCUACCCUAAUCCAGCUCCUGCUACUUCAUCUGGCUCUAGAGCCAUGCCCCAUCAGGUGGUCAUUCAGAGUCAUGCACCUGCUACCUCUGCAGCAACCUCUACAUCCACGCGUAUCGCUCAACCAUUACCUGCCAGAACUGCUGCGGCUUCUAGACAUGCAAGACUUGUAUCAGCAGGACUUGCUAACAAUGGAAGGUACAGAAGGGCUAGGAGCUCUUACUACAGUCUUCAUCCAUUGAUGGUAGAGGCAGAGCGGUUCAUGAUGGACCAGUUAAUCUUUUACGAAUCAAGAGCAGCAGCUGCUGACCCCCACAGGGACAUGAGGCUGGACAUUGACAACAUGAGUUACGAGGAACUUUUGGCUUUGGGAGAAUCUAUGGGUAAUGUCAACACAGGCUUGGCUGAUGAAAAAAUUUCAAAGUGUGUGAAAGAAGUGGUCUGCUGCAGUUCUGACCAGAUGCAAAUCGAUCAAGAUGACCAAGAUCAUGGAAGCUGCGUCAUUUGCCUGGAGGGUUACAAAGACAAGGAUAUGCUGGGGAUACUGAAAUGCAGGCACGACUUCCAUGCAGACUGCAUCAAGAAGUGGCUGCAGGCAGAAGAAUUCAUGCCCGGUGUGCAAAGCAGCAGCAUGCUUAGGACAACACCAGAGGAGCAAUCAACUAUUGUGCUCCUCGUUCCAUUCAUUUUAGGCUCAGAUUAA